ACACAACCCGCCGAAUACGCAAAUACGACAAACGGUCCGGUCGGAUGGCCCGUACUACAGCACAGUAUCCGAACCCUUACGCCCUUGUCUAUACGCACCCACAGAAUGGCCCCUUGAAGCGAAACGGCUGCCUGCGUUCCAGCGGUUAGACCAUGCGGAUAUGCUGUCAAGGCCCGGAUCCGAACUAUAAAGGGAAUAGACGUCCCCUGACCAUUACCCACAAGAGCAUCAAACUGAGAUCCUAACAAUCACCAUGUCCAUCAACCUCACUGGAAAAACCUGCCUCGUUACCGGUGGUGCCGGAGGCCUAGGCAAAGCUAUCGCUACCCGGUUCUUCGCCGCCGGAGCCAACGUGGUCAUCUGCGAUGUCAACGAGGAGCGACUUCGUCAGACGUCGAUGGAUCUUGCCGGACCCAGCGGCGACGCAAGACUCAAGGUCAUCAAGACAGACAUCACCUCUGCGACAGAGGUGCAAGCCCUGUUUGAUGAAAUCGUCGCGCAAUUCCAGAAACUCGAUAUCCUCAUCAACAAUGCCGGAAUCAUGGAUCAGUUCCAUGCUGUCGGUGACCUGGACGAGAAGCUGUGGGACAGGGUCAUGGCUGUGAAUUUGACUGCGCCUUUUCUGUUGAGCAAACUGGCUGUUCGCAAUAUGCUUGCUCAGGAAAUUGUCAAUGGAAGUAUCGUCAACAUCGUUUCCAUUGCUGGAAAGGCGGGUUGGAUGGCGGGUGCCGCAUAUACCGCUAGUAAACACGGCCUCGUUGGCUUGACCAAGAACACGGCUUCCUACUACGGCAACAAGGGAAUCCGAUGCAAUGCGCUGAUGAUGGGCGGCAUGGAGACGAACAUCACGGACGCGUUCAUGUCCAACAUCAACCUGGAAGGAAAGGACAAGGCUGUCGCUCUAAUGACUGCUGCUGCGGCUCCGAUGUGCGAUAUCAACCGCGUUGCUGAGCUGUGUCUGUCUAUCUCUUGUGGUCCUGGUGCGGAGAUUAUCAACGGGACGUGUAUCCCGAUUGAUCAUGGAAUGUCAGGAGUGUUGGGUUGAUUCUGAUUUAUAUGUUACCCAGCCGACUGUAUAUUUUCACUUCAAUGUAAAUACUUUACACCC